AUGUAUUUCUCGCUCAUGAUGCCCUCCGUCCUCCUGAUACUGUUGGUUUUACCCAUUAAUAUCGCCUCAGCGCGAGCGUUUAACAACGAUUUCGAGACGGGUGACCUCACGGAUUGGGAGAAAGACGAUGUGGCAUUCGACUUCCAGCCAACUUGGGGAGAUAACCCAACGGCGCGGGGCCGCGGUCAGCCCUCUGAGCAUCAAGGGGAUUGGUGGUUAGGUUUAUAUGAAAAGUACCAAGGUCCGAAGGUAGGGAAAAAACUCGGACAGAAUCCAGGUGCCACGCAGGGCGAUGGACCCCAAGGCACCCUCACCUCAAUCGAAUUCACGAUUAUCGGAAAAACGAUGAAUUUCCUCGUCGGGGGCGGCAAUCACCCAUGGAAAGAUGACCCCGCGCCGUGUAGUGUUAACCUGGAGAUUAAGGGAAAAGUCGUGCUCACAUCAACCGGUAAAGCUACCGAAACCAUGGCACGAGUAGAGUGGGACAUCUCCGAAUUCAACGGCAAGACCGCCCAAAUUGUUGUUGUUGAUAACAAUAGUGGUGGCUGGGGACAUCCGAACUUUGAUGAUAUACAUCAAGCCGAUUCCAAAGGAAAAAAUAUCCCGUGGGAACAGGUUCUGUCUGUUGAUGCCCGCGGGAAGUUAGCUGUCACUUGGGCACAGAUGAAAAAGUACUAUUAG